GCCUGGAGAUUUGCUAUCCACUUCAAACUUGUUGAUUAACACCAUUGCGCGGAUGCCGUCGUAGCGCAUGACCGACGUCUUACCCGGUGUAUGCGCCUAUCAGGAGUUCAUAUCAGUGCAUUCAUUGUGAGUUGCGAGCUGCAGACUCUUGACUUCUUCGAGCGCAUCACCAAAAAUCACCAAAGCCACAGGACUGAGCAGGGUAUGUCGGCCACAUCGCAAUCAUCGUCUCCGAAAAGGUCUUUCACAGCCGUGAACAGCGAAGGCUCGUUGCGGAUGGCUCGUGAACCACUUGCCCCGAGCGCACGUCAACGCCCAACUCAACGACAUGAGCGACAGCCAUGUGAUCACUACGUCCGGAAUGAGAACAUCUCUAAAUCAGGCGACCCCGCUAGUACGGCCUCGCCUCCUGGUAGCCCUAGGAAAAGACAGCGUUUCAGGUCCCCCAAGGAGAACACAAGUGCAGCAGGCCAUCAGCACCGUCCACUGCUUCCCAUAGAUCAGCCGAGCGAUCAUGAACAAGGAUCGAACGCCGAUCCUCAGCAGUACGAUGGCGAUAAGGAGAUGCGCGACUCACAGCCCAUCGGGGCAGGCCACGACAACAUGCCAGCAAGGUCAGCUCCAUAUUCGUCUACGGGCGAGGUAAAUGGAGUCGAGGCAAGAAGCUUGACGGACGCUGGCCGAACGGCCGUGCAGUCCAACCUUAAGAGAAGGAAAAGGCAGUUUGCCAGUCGAACCAAAACUGGCUGCGGAACAUGUCGAAGGCGGAAGAAGAAAUGCGAUGAAGGGAAGCCCGAAUGUAGCAACUGCACUCGCACUGGGCACUUGUGCGAAGGCUAUGCUAGCAAGGUCCCCUGCCAGAAGAACCAUACAAGAAAACCUCCAUCUCCACCGCAGGCUCGAGAGCAAAGAGAUCGUGAACCGACUGAGGUCUAUCAUAGAUGUCCCGGGCGCAAUCAGUCCUCCAUACCGCACUGCGCAUCCACGCACAGCAACGACCAGCUGUAUCCUGAUGCCAGUGUCGAUAGCAGGCUUAUGAGCGCUCAAGCCCAACCCAUUGUUGUUGAGGAGCACGAGUGUAGAUCACUUCCGCCCAUCAGCUGGAGGAGUCGCUGGAGCGAACCCGCGCGUUUUUCUGAUCCCAGAUGGUCAGCACCCUUACCUGCGCAGUGUUCUCAGUCAUCAAUGCCUACCCUUGACAGGACGCUGUCGAACCGAUAUGUUGUAUCUGCAUCACUGGUACCCCCUCCACGAUCAAGCGUCGGUCAAGUGUACGACCAUACGUUCCAGCGCAUCAGCGGGACCGCCAAUCACACGCCUACAUAAUAUCGUUGGGAGCGUCGGCACUCGCCUGCGGCGAGUGUCAGCGCAGCUGACGUAGCUUAAUAAGCUACGCCUUGGCACGGAUAAUAGCAAAGUAAGUGGGUGGUGAUUAGAUAAUAGGCCCCACAUUAGAUCGUUUAGGAUAAGCACGAGGUCGUGCUUACUUAGUGGAGAUAAAGAGACCAAUGGCGAAUCAGGAGUCAUAGAUAGCUAUUUACUUUAGGAAGCACUUGAUAUUAGGAUUCGAUGAUUAUGCUUACGCUCACAGGUAAGAUAGCUAUCGUCUAAAGAACUAGUUACUAAAUAUGUAUGUUUGGUU